UCUGAAGCAUGUUCCUUUUUAGGAUUCUCUUCUUCUCGUGGCAGGUAUUUGAGUGAAAUAGGAGAGUUGCAGAUCUUAGGUAGUGAAGAUGAUGUUGUGAUCCCAUUGAAGGACUUGUAUGAGAAAGUUGCAGAGGAAAAAAGCGGUUGCUGUUGGGAAAACUAUGAGAUUUAUAGAUACUUAAAGGGUCUUGGUUACAUCGUAGGCAGACAUGGGGUUUCUUGGACGUCAAAGGAUGCUGCAUUUACAGUUCGUUCCGGUGAAUGUCCUGAAGACAAGGAUACUGUAGCUAAAAUCUUGGGAGAUAUGCAGAUCUGUGAUGGGAAAGCGGUGUAUGACGUGUAUUUGCCGAAUAGCCGGUUCAAGAAGUCUUCUCCUGGUGUACCGAGCUUUGUGGCUUGCUUCUCGGGGGACUCUCCACCAAGCAGAGAAGAUAUUAAAGUUCUGCAAAAACGCAUAGCUGUACAAUUAAUGUUUUGCCUUAUCGCUCAGGGCCGUGCCAGUUUCUUUUCCUUCAGUUCCAUAGACCUCCCUGUCUUACCAUAAAAUGUAACAAAAGACUGAUUGAUCUUGUAUUCUUUCGACAAAGUCACAAAACAAAGUAACUUUGAUGUACGUAUAUCAUGAGGUAAUAUCUACGACUAUAUGUAUUUUUACAAUGGAUAGGAAGAAUCUUGUAAAAGGCUUCAGACGAA